CAUUUUCAACUUUUAUUUUGGAAAAACAAACCGGAAGUGGCUGAGAAAAUCUACUUGUACAGUUAUCUUCCUUUCAGUGUCGUCUUCAAUAGUACCGAAUCCCUCAUUAAUUUACAAAACGUUGUUAUAUGAUUUAGAUUUUGUUACACAUCUGGAGGGCCGGAAGGAGCAUAUGCAUCAUGUUGGUCCCUAUUUUUACGCUUAAUCUGAGCCAUAAAAUAAACCCACGCAUGGUGACUAUAGGGAAAUUUGAUGGGGUCCAUCCAUGCCUCACUGCAGCCACACAAGCAGGAAAGGUUUUUAUCCACAACCCUCACACCCGCACUCAAAGACCAACAUCUCACCGACUGAGCCAAAGCACGCAUGAUUCGGACAUCUCUUUGCUCAACAUCAACCAGGCAGUCACAUGUCUGACUGCGGGUACUCUGGGCCCAAACUCCACCGGUGACAAACUGCUGGUGGGAUCGCAGACCAACCUGCUGGCCUAUGAUGUCCAUGACAAUGCAGACAUAUUCUAUAAAGAGGUGUCCGAUGGGGCGAAUGCAAUAGUGCUGGGAAAGCUUGGGGACAUACCCAAUCCUCUUUCCAUCAUCGGAGGCAACUGCGCCAUACAAGGCUUUGACUCUCAGGGCAAUGACCUCUUCUGGACUGUCACUGGAGAUAAUGUGAGAUCGCUUGUGCUUUGUGACUUUACUGGAGAUGGCAAAAAUGAGCUUCUGGUUGGCUCUGAAGAUUUUGACAUCAGGGUUUUCAAAGAGGAUGAACUUGUGUCUGAGAUGACUGAAAACGAGACAGUAACAUCACUGUGUCAUAUGCACAGUAGCAGGUUUGGUUACGCUUUGGCUAACGGCACAGUGGGAGUGUAUGAUCGCAAUGCUCGCUACUGGAGGAUCAAGUCUAAAAAUCAUGCUAUGAGCAUCCAUGCCUUUGACUUGAACGCUGACGGGGUUGUGGAGCUGAUCACCGGCUGGUCCAAUGGAAAGAUUGAUGCUCGAAGUGAACGCACAGGCGAAGUUAUUUUCAGAGACAACUUCUCCUCUUCUGUGGCUGGAGUGGUGGAGGGAGACUACAGGUUGGAUGGACAGAAACAACUUAUCUGCGCGUCGGUCGAAGGAGAAGUUCGUGGCUACCUGCCUGCCGGUAAAGACCUGAAAGGGAAUCUCAUGGACUCCGGUGCUGAACAGGACCUCGUUCGGGAGCUCAGCCGUCGCAAACAGAACCUGCUGCUGGAGCUACGCAACUAUGAAGAGAAUACUGAGGGUGGAUCAGACGGCGCAGACGGUAUUCCUGCCAAUACUCAGCUCCAAACAGCACUUUCAGUGAGAGCGGAAACCGAGUUGCAGAAAGCCCACGUGGAGCUGAGCAUCACAACUCCAAAUGAAACCAUCAUCCGAGCAGUGCUUAUUUUUGCAGAGAGCAUUUUUAAGGGCGAGAGCCAUGUUGUUCACCCCAGUGUCCAGAACCUGUCAGGUUGUGUUCAAAUACCCAUUAUCCCUCCAAAAGAUAUACCGGUAGAUCUGCACAUCAAGGCCUUUGUCGGGGGCAGAACAAGCACCCAGUUCCGCGUGUUUGAAAUCACUCGACAGCUGCCUCGUUUCUCUAUGUAUGACAUCAUGACUGACCCCUCAGGUCCUCCUCCUACUGGAAGAGUGACUUUCUCCAUCAACGACCGACCGCAGCGGGUUGCAAUGUGGUUGAACCAAAACUUUCUGCUUUCGGAGGGCGUAGAUAGUCCUGAUGUUACUUUCAGUUCCCUGAGGACAGGUGGACUGCUAUCUAUCAGCAUGGCCAGUAAUGGACAGAUUACCCUGGGAACAGAUGAUAUUGACCUAGCAGGGGAUCUGGUCCAAUCACUGGCGUCUUUCCUGGCGAUAGAAGAACUGUCAGCCGAGGCAGACUUCCCGACUUACUUUGAGGAGCUUCAGACUACACUCACUGAGGUGGAUGAGUUCCACACUGUCCAUCAAAAGUUAACUGCAGAAAUGGCCGACCACUCCAACUACAUCAAAAAUAUGCUGGUGCAAGCGGAGGACGCCCGCUUGAUGGGUGACAUGACAUCUAUGAAGAAGCGCUACCGAGAGCUGUACAAUCUAAACAGAGAUCUUGUCAACGAGUAUAAGAUUCGCUCUAAUAACCACAAUGCCUUGCUGGCCUGUCUCAAGUCAGUCAACCAGGCUAUCCAGCGAGCGGGUCGACUCCGAGUGGGUAAAGCCAAGAACCAAGUGAUCUCAGCAUGUCGGGACGCGAUCAAGAGCAAUAACGUCAAUGCACUCUUAAGGGUCAUGAGAGCAGGUGUGGCUUCCUCCUGAAGGUGGAGCAGAGGACGGCAGAGAUAGAUGAUCACCUUUUUCAUUCUACUUUCUCAGAAGGAUGUAAAUACAAACUAUUUUGGGAUUGCCUGCAAAAGCAACAUUGGGCGCAUAUUCCGACUAAUACUGUACAUUCACAGUACUUGAAAAAGGUUGGAUUGCUGAGGUCCAUCUAUGACAGAUGAGUAGAGUUCUUGUGCUUGUAGUGUAAAUAUUUACUUGAACCAAGAAUAGUUUGUGUAAGAGAGUUUAGCCGUUAUAACGCAGCCGUGUUUCGAAAAGAUGCUGUCACUAAAAGUUUAUAUUUAUGUUUUCUGCAUUGCAAAAAAGGAAGGAGGGAGCUUUUAUUCAUAUUAUACUUAACAUUAAACAUAUUGACAUAAAGGAUAUGAUCUCACCCUUGUAUUUCCAAGAUCACACUUAAAAAGUGUAUCAUUACAUUGUUCAAAAACACCCUUACACUGCUUACAGCCUUUGGUGGCCAUAUUUGCACAGUGUUUAUUAUAUAUCAGUAGUUCAUAGCAUUCGUUAACAAUAUGAACCAGAAGUCACGUGCAAUUUUUUUUUUUUUGUCACGUCAUACAAAUUGUGUUUUUGCAAUGAUAAUUAAUUAUGAUGGAAAAUACAUGUCUGACGAACUCAGCAGUUACAAUUGAUUUUUUUGUGCCAGGUCAAAGAAAUGCCGACACAUGCUACAAAGUCCAUGAGCGUGCAGUAAAAAGCAGCUUUGACUUCUGCUGACUCAGUAACAUUUUGAGGAGAGCAAGAAGCAGAGCAGCCCCCAUUCUUACACUGGACCGUGUGGUUUAGUUAUGUAUGACUGUCAGACAGUGUGUCUGUAGUUUGUGUGGGUGUGUGUGUUAGCACUUUAGCACAAUGUGUGUGAGUAGCCAAAGAAAACAACAUACAUGACUCACAUAUGACCAAUGUAUUUUAUAUUUUUAUAGAUAUGUUUUUAUUGUCUUGUAUGGUGGCAGAAUCUAUGAUUAAAUGUAACCAAUGUUUUAA